UGAUUGGUCCAUUAAACGUCACUUCCUGAAACGGUCCCCGUAUGCUUCAAAACCUAGAACUUUCGAGUCCGGUUGAGCGAUUGCCGACAUCCAAACAGUUUUAAGGUUCACUAUGUCCAGUGAGGACUUGGUUUCUGUGGAUUAUGAAAUUUUUGGCAGGGUGCAAGGUGUAUUUUUUCGCAAAUACACUCAAGCCGAAGGGAAGAAACUUGGCCUCGUUGGUUGGGUCCAAAACACAAGAGAUGGAACUGUGAUAGGUCAGCUCCAAGGCCCUCACAGCAAAGUGACAGAGAUGCAAGAAUGGCUGAAAUCUACUGGGAGCCCCAAGUCCCACAUAACCAAAGCAGAGUUUAAGAAUGAGAAAACGAUUGACAGCCUUCAGCACUCAUCCUUUAACAUUGUGAAAUGAAAUAACCCAUUGGCUGUGCCUAUAACAUUAACAUAUUUAUUUAGUGUUUUAAUAAUUUCAGAUAAAAAAGUGCACUGAACACACUGGAAUUUAUUAAGUUCUGCAUAUUAUAUUGUUUAAGUAAUAAACUAAACAAAGGUUUGUUGUUUUGAGUUUUAUUGCAAUAAGUGGAAUAGAUGUUUCAGAAAUGUGUGAUGUUGACUUUUUUUUUUAUCUGCCAUGAUAUUAUGUAAUUGUAAGUGGUGAUAAUGCACUUUUACCAUUAAAUGCCAACCACCAAUUUAAAAAAGAA